UGUAAAUGUGAUCUGGUAAAAUAGGUGUAACAGGCGUGAGUACUUAGAAAAAGUACAAGGGUUACUCAGUACAACAAGCAACCAUGAAAACACAGGGACAUAAACUGCUGCUGAUGCUGCUUAUUCUUCUGACAUUUGCUGUCUACAUAGCGAUAUUGUUUAUGAAUUUUCUGUCAUCAUCUUGGACUCUAGUUGGCCAAGACUUUGAAGGUUUGUUUCUGAACAACACUGGGGAUGUCUCGGACUAUUUUUACCUUGAAAUCACACCUGCUGGCUGGACUUUCUCAAUCUGGGGCUUUAUCUACACUUGGCAGUUCUUAUGGCUGAUCUAUGUAGCGACCAGUAUGUGCCGCAAGUCCACAAUGGGAAGCUACUUGUAUGUGGAUCCACAACUUGUUCCAACCGGACUGUUCUUCGUCUUCAUCAUCAACAAUGUCCUGAAUGUCGCCUGGCUUAUUCUGUUUGAUCGCAUGCUCAUCAUCUGGUCCAUGGUGGAUCUGUUUCUAACCACUUUUUCGCUCUACGUGGCACUUUUCUUGACACAUCGUCAACUUGAGAAGAUAGCGCCGAACCUGGUCAGUAUGAAGUCAGUGAAGGACAUCUGGAUGAUUCGAUUCUUUGUCCAGAAUGGGUUGGCCUUCUACGCCACCUGGUGUACAAUUGCCUCACUCCUGAACACCGCCAUAGUCCUGUCAUACACCAUAGGCAUUAAACAAGACAUUGCAUGCACCAUAGUUUUGGGCGUGCUUGCAGGAGAGAUCUUGGUCUGGUUUGGUCUGGAUAUUUUUGUCUUUGAUCGAUACACCCGUUACAACUUCAGCCCAAUCAUUGUCCUCAUUCUCGCUCUGAGUGGAAGCCUUGCCAAGAACUGGGAUCCCGAGAAGCGCAAUUCCAUCAUCACCGUGGCGAUCCUUGGAGUAGCAGUGGUCAUUGGAUUGGUCAAGGUUAUUCUGAUGUUUUACCGCCACUGUACUCGGCCGCUGUACAGCCACUUGUAUACAUUGGAUAAAAUAUAAUCCCGGCCAUUGCUAUUAAACUUGCACUCAUUUGAAGAAAGUGAAAAUGCAAGUGUUAACUUUGGUGCAGCUUAUAAAAACAGCUGAAUUAGUGUUAGUUAUAUAAUAUGCCAAACAAUGUUUAUAUUUUUGUUACAUUUUUUCUGAAUAUGCUUCUCAUUAGUCAUACAUAUGAAUUUAUUGAGCUAACACAAUUCAAAACCUUUGACUGCCUGGAAGUCUUCAAUAUUUCACAAAACAAAAAAAUCAUUUUGAUACUUUUAGACUUACGUAAGAAAAUAGUUAAAGGUUGUAAUAAAAAAAUUUUGCUAAAGGUCAACAGCGUCUAACCAGCUGUACAAGUGUAAGUACUUAAAAUGCAGAUAAAGUGAGGAAAAAUCUCGAUACAAUUUUAUUAUUAUUUCAAGGUCAAACUGGGGUGAUGGCCAGUUUGAUAAGGUUAAAAAGUUUGUCCCCACUACAUGUUGUUAAAAAAGCUUGUCCCCACUACAUGUUGUUAAACACAGUUUGAAACCCCUUUAGCAGCCACGAAAAAAAUUUACCCCCUAGCUACUGGAGGGGACAGGCCAGACAAUUAAGCUGAUUACACUGAGCUGCUUAAGUAAGAAUCCCCUCAGCGAUACAUCGAUCCUGCUGGACUGGUAACUUAUAAUCUGAACUCAGCGUAUGGACUCUCAUUCAAAAUAUGCAAUCUGAUGAUUUCUAGUUGUGCAAUGCUUUUUGUAGUUUUAUGGAUUUAAAGAAAUGCUUCAAGUAAAUAUAAAAAUAUAUUUGUAUGUCUUUCUAGAUAUUUACUAUUAUGAAUGUAAGAUAAAUUGAUAUUUUUUUUCUUUUUGUGACAAUGCAAGAUUUUUAGAAACAUUUAUUAUUGAGAUAACUGUUUCACAUUCCAUUAUUAUGCAAGAUAUACUAGGAAUAUUGGCAUUUCAGAAUGUCUUCCAAGUAAAUUAUGAUCAUGAUGAGAAUACUAUUUAUUUAGCAGAUAUUAAUUGUGGCUCUGCAAACUUUUCAAAUACAUUCCACAUUGCUUUUUCAAUGCAUUGUAAGACAGUAGAAAUCUCUGAAGCAAUACUCAAGCAUUUCUGUAUAAAUACAUGAGAAAUAUACUUGUUAGUUCAAUUUCAAAACUGUAGUUCUGUUAUUUCUUCAGAAAGGAUAUCCACAUAAGCAUAUUAUUUGGCUCAAAUUACUGCUUGAUUAUCCUGCACCUUGACAGUCAGAAUCGACAUUACAGAGGCCUAAAAAUUAUGGCAAAGCCGAUUUCCACAUGGAACUUCACAUCUGCCCACCGUCAAACUAUUUUUCAGUUUUCUUUGGCAAAACAUUUUGCUUAAAGGUAAGGAGAUCAAGGCAAAAUACUGUAAACAAUUUUAUUUUUACAUGGCAACAAAAUGCUUUUAAGCAAAGAUGAGCAUAAACACAAGUGUGAACCCUGAAAUUAAAUAAGACUAAAACCACAUAUCUUCUCUUAAUGACAACUAAUGAAAAUGAUCAAUCUACAAAGCAUCAAUCAGGCUCUAGAUUUCAACAGCUUGUAAUUUUUCUAAGCUCAAAGUAAACAAGACUUUUCCAAACAGUAUGAAAAAAAUCGGUAUCAAGCUUAAAGAAUCUUGGAAAUAAAUCACAUAUAUAUAUUUCAUUAACCAAAAAAAACAUUAUUGUAUAGUAUAAAAGGAAAAAUGAAAGAUGAAUUUCACUUAUUCACCCAACUGAUUUACCUGAAUACAAAAUUAACAAACCCCUCAGGGUAACCAUGGAAGUUUUUUUUAUAUCACUCAAUGACAAAAAUUUUAUUUUUUAUAAUGUGAAAAUUACUUCAGUGCAAAAAUUACUGUUAUACUGCAUUCACGUUUUCAUACAUGAUGAUCAAUGAGGGGGGGAUAAGGUAUUAAACAUAUUUCUUGACUAACAAUGAAACAUUCGUCAAAUAACACUAAAUUUGAGAUAAAUGAAAUAGGACAACAUAACGCUUUAGUGCACUUCCAUAGUUUGAUUUAAUGAUACGAGUUAACUUUAUUCUAAAUAUUGUAACCCACAGCAUUAUUCCAUCAAACAACUUUCUCUUUUUCUUUCAGCCAUCACAUUUUUCUGUGUGUCAAGGAAAAAUAAAUUAGAAGUAAAAAAA